AUGUCCAAAGAUUCGUUAGAAAUUGUUAAAAAUGAAGAGUUUGAUAGUGACUCAAAAUUACCAUUCUCGGGGCUUUUCAUAGAAAAUCAAGCCGGAAACGCCCCAGUUUUCAACAAUUACAUGGACGAAAAUCAAGCAUUGGGUUUCAAAAUCAGUGACAACAGUGGGAUAAAUUCGCAAAUGAUCGAUUAUUCGCGUCCAAACUGGUCGUACCUUCGAACCCCACAGUUCGAGCCCCAACAGUUCGAAGUGUCCCUCUCAGAAAAUCGGUCUCACGAGCCGGAAAUGGAGCGCCCUAAGGGCGCAUCUAACGGCAAAAGGGCCCGAACUGCGUACACCUCCUCCCAAUUAGUCGAACUCGAACGCGAAUUUCACCGGAGCAAGUACUUGUGCCGCCCUCGGCGCAUCCAAAUGGCCCAAAACCUCAACUUGACCGAACGCCAAAUCAAGAUUUGGUUCCAAAACCGCAGAAUGAAGUUCAAAAAGGAGGAGAAAAACAAGGUGGUGACCCCGAAAACGUCCCCAAACGAGGCUUCAAUGUCGCCGCAAUCGACGUCUUCGAAUAAUUCGGCUUCGCCGAAGGCUUGUCAGUUUUUGUACAACCAAUUUCCAGGAAGUAGUCAGGUGGUGGUGAAGGAUGAGACUUGUCAGUAUGAUACUGAGAGCUCUUAUCAGUUUAAUGAUCCACAGUUUAAUUUUAAUUAUCAGUAUAAUCAAGCGUAUUCGAAUUACAAUAAUUAUCAGGAGGGUUUUUCUUGUCAGUAUUACCAAGGGAAGAAUUGUGUUGGGGGGAAAGUCGACGAAACCGCUGGGGUUUACAGCGGGUGGGAGGGCCAGGUAUUGGAAAACAUGCCCCAACCCAACUUGACCUCACUGUAA